AUUUUUCGGUAUUUAUUAAUCUUUUAGAAUUUGAUUGAUCUACUCAUUACAAAUGACAAGUAUACGAAAUAUAAUCGUUCUUGUUGCUUUAAUUUUUAUUUUACACGGAGAAUCUUUCGCUGGAACUCUUUAUCGUCUGAAACGAUCGAGAAAUGAAUAUAUACUGCGCAGGUGUAUUGCUAGCGCAGAAUUAAUUAAAAUGCACGUACCUGAAAGAAGUACAACACGAUCGAUUUCAUCUAAUAUAGGAAAACACGAUAUUAAUGAAACUUCCACGAUACAACGAAACGAUAAACGGAUUAAAUCACGCGGUGAUGAUCGGCAAUACUUUAUAUCUACAAAUUUCAAAGACACACCUCUUAAAACUGUAAACAUUCAGGCAGUACAAAAAGAUAAACCUCUAAUAUUUCAAAAGAAAUAUCAACUACCUGAACUUCAACAUAAUGUACCCAGCAAAGCACCUGAAAUAUCAACUAAUGUUAUUACCAUUAAAUCAUCGCCGGAAAAGGACAUUUUUCUUUCUAUUAACAACAUGUAACAUUAAUACAAUUGCUAAGAAUAAUUAAUCACACAUAAUACAACAUGGUAAUAAUGCUUAAAAAAAGUUAGUAUGAAACAUGAUAUUUUACACACAUUUUGUAGACACAUCUCUAUGAAAAAGUAGUUUAUGAUAUAUAGAUAAAUUAUUUAAGUCUACUUUCAUUUAAUUUACUAUACGUACUAUGGUAGCAUGUUUUUAAUAAUUAUCUAAAAUUAAGCAGUAUUCGGUGGUAUCAGUAUAGAUUCUGGUAAUUUCUGUAAUUCAACCUAUAAAAGAAAUUUUAUUAAAUUAAAAAAAAAAAAAAAAAAAAAAAUGAAAAUGAAAA